AUGGAAGAAAUUUUAAAUUAGAAUGACCUUUAACAUAGAUUUAGUGAUUAUUAUACUUAUGUUGAAACACUAGAAUAAGGAGCUUUCGGAUUGGUUGUUAAAGCAGUCAAUAACAAUUCAAAGGCUUUAGUAGCAAUAAAAGUAGCUGUGUAUACAAGUAACUUAGAUUAUCUCAAAAGCAACUAUAAAAGAUUUGAAGCCCUUGAAUAAGAGGUUGCUAUUUUUUCAUAAUUAAAUCAUUAAAAUAUAGUCAAAUUUUACGAUAUUAAAAGAACAGAUACUAAAAUUUUGAUAGAAAUGGAAAUUAUAAAUGGAGGAUCAUUAUAAAAAUUAAUGUAUACUAAGUUAAAAUAUGACUAAUGGUUUGAAAUUAAAGAAAUUAAAUAAAUUAUUUAAGGAAUUUUGAGUGCCCUAUCUUAUAUUCAUGAUAACCACUUUGUUCAUAGAGACUUAAACCGGAUAAUAUACUUAUAGGAGAAGCAGCAAAUAUUGUUAAAAUUACUGAUUUUGGAUUGA